AGCUAGUGCUCAGAUAAAGACUCAGAUAUGGUGCGUGGUGGCGGUGAUAGUGACGGUGCUUGUGGUGGAGGUGGUGGGGCUGAACGGGGACCAUGUGUGCAUGGUGCAGCAGAAAUACAACAUCACGAAGCGCGUCAAGUACCGUGCUCCGAUGUCCGUGCGCACAUACGAGUGGUGCUUCUCCAUGCCGCCGAGAUGCUCCAAAUGGAGCACAGAGAUGCGGGAUCUUACUAGACUCGAGACGGAGGAGCGUACAGCGGAGGUGGCGGUAUGCUGUCCCGGUUACAAGAUGAAGGAUGUAUCCUGUGUGCCGGUGUGUCCGCCGGGGAGGACCGGAAACGGAUGCUCUGAGGAAUGUCCAAAAAACAAAUGGGGUCCGAAUUGCGUGAAUGAAUGCAAAACGUGUACAGAACAUGGCACCUGUUCUGCAGUGACAGGAGAAUGUCGGUGCCAGGAUGGAUGGCAAGGUGAGAGAUGUGAAAUGAGACAGAGCUCUCCUGCAACGAUGGAAGAACUUUCAGUUACCAAGCCAGUUACCAUACCUACCUCAAGAGUUGAUCAUGAAAGAACUACUAUAACUAGUACUACUAGUACUACUACUACAAAAACACCAAUUACCACAACAGUGAGAAUUCCAAUCACUGCAGCUCCAACGACAACAACGUUACCUACAACUCCUAAACCUACUACAACAACAACUACUACUACGAGUACUACUACUACUACCGUGAGACCUAUUGCAACGACUUUAUUGACUAGUGCUCCAACAUCUACAGUGGAAACCACUAUACAGUCGUCAAAGAUAGCUACCGUAGAGUCUAAAAUACCAAAUGACCAGCCAACUACAACAAUUAAACGUACAAAUUGGAAUAACGUGACAUUGACUACACCUUGGAUUGUAUCAACUGAUAAAUCUAUACCUACAACGAAGAUGCCGUUUACCACAGUUAGUCCAAUUUUCAUUCAACCUGCUUUUACUACAAAGAAUAUUGAAACUACUACUACUAAAGGAACGACUGCUAGAAAAUCAUUGCCAACAACAGAGUCUUUAGAAUUACCAUCACAAUCAACUGAAAUAUUUGAAAUGUCAACAAUGACUUUGAGAACUAAACCGAACUUAAUAACGGCGCCUACAAUUAAAGAAACUACAAGAAGACCAGAAACAACUAUCAAAAUGUAUCCAACAACAAUCAAGUUUAAGCCAAAAGAAAUUUGGAUAAGACCAGCACAAAAAGAACCGGAGCAUAUAACGGCUGUGAUGGACAAACCUGAUCGAUCAUCAGUAGACUUGAUAUCGGUGAUCAGUAUAGCUGGGGGGGUGAUGAUGACGGUGAUCACCGUGGCGGUGGUGAUCGUGAUGCUGGAGAGGUGCAAGCGGCCGAGGUAUGAGGAUAAGAUGAACAGCAUCAGAAUGGAAGUGAUGAUUGAUAAUAAUGACGGACCGCCGCCGUAUGUGAGGAAUAUAUUUAAUACGCCGCUGCCUGAGCCACCAAGAACAGAAAAAUGCCAUUACCAGCCAAUAUCAACUUUGGACAGGAACUUGAAACAAUUUAUGAGGCCAGUGGUUGUUCAAACAAUUUCUCCUAUGAUGUUGGAAAACUUUAGAGGAAUUCUAGAAUGCCAUUACGACCAUUUGCCAAGAAGAAGCGUGGAGUAUCCAACAUUACAGGCGCGUUGUUCCGUGGCGCCAUCUCUGAGCGGUUGUGAUGAACUACGUCAACAGCGACCCGACUCGCUCGCUGAGUCCGCUAUAGAAGCGCUCAAAUGUGAAGCUAAGCUAGACGUAAUUGAUAACACCACAUCUGAACCUCUGUAUGCUGAAAUACCCUGUUGGAGACCACCUUCAGAACACGCAAUUGAGGUCGUCAAUUUGAACGGUGAAGCUGUGACAGAAUUAUGACUUAAGAGCUACCAAGCAUAGAAGCUAGUUUCACUACUGGCCGAUAGAUGGCGCAAAAUAUAAAACUAAAGCGUUAUCCCAAAGAUUUUAUUUAAGACGGUUUUUAAAUAAUUAAUUCAUGUUUUAUGUGGUUGUUUUGUGAAAAAUAAAUGCGUGUGUGAUUAAUAGAGUUUAAUAAUGUGAAAAUUGU